UGGUAAUGGUAGUUCUAGCAACUCCCUGAAUAAAUUGUCACAAAAUAAAAAAUUAAAACUUCAAGAUCAACAACUAUUUAAGAGAUUUUUCGUCGAAAAUAUCUUUAUCAGCAGUUUAUUGCGAUACCUGUUAUUUAAACACGUCGCCGGCACAGAUGACGAACCAAGUUUCACCUGUAGAAGAGCAAGAGAAGCUUCUUGAUGAUGCAUUGAAUGUUGUCAAAGUCCAGGCAUUUCAAAUGAAGAGAUGUCUGGAUAAGUCCAAGUUGAUGGAUGCUUUGAAGCAUGCCUCAACCAUGCUGGGGGAGCUGAGAACAUCAUUGCUUUCACCGAAAAGCUACUAUGAACUGUACAUGGCAAUAACGGAUGAGCUACGUCAUCUAGAGCUGUAUUUGUUGGAAGAGUUUCAGAAAGGUCGUAAAGUGGCUGACCUCUAUGAACUUGUUCAAUAUGCUGGCAACAUUGUACCGAGGUUGUACCUCUUAAUUACCGUUGGACUUGUUUACAUAAAGACGAAUACGAACUUGAGAAGAGAUUUGUUAAAGGAUCUGGUGGAGAUGUGUCGUGGCGUGCAGCAUCCGUUACGCGGACUGUUCUUGAGAAACUAUCUGCUGCAGUGCACUAGGAAUGUGCUCCCGGACACGACCGAUGCUCCGAAUGAAAAUGAGGGCACUGUACGUGACGCUAUUGAUUUCGUUUUGAUGAAUUUCGCCGAAAUGAAUAAGCUUUGGGUUAGGAUGCAGCACCAAGGUCAUUCGAGGGAUAAAGAGCGUCGUGAACGUGAACGUUCGGAGCUCCGGAUACUGGUGGGCACGAACCUGGUGCGCCUGUCGCAGCUGGAGUCGGUGGGCGAGCAGGACUACCGGCGCCUCGUGCUGCCCGGCAUCCUGGAGCAGGUGGUCAGCUGUCGGGACGCAAUCGCACAGGAGUACCUAAUGGAAUGCAUAAUACAGGUUUUCCCCGACGAGUUCCACCUGGCGAAUCUGCAACCAUUUCUCAAAUCAUGUGCGGAGCUACAACCGGGGGUCAACAUUAAGAACAUUAUAAUCGCCCUCAUCGAGAGGUUGGCGGCGUACAGUCAGAGGAACGAAAGCAAUGUCAAUCUGAGCGUUGUCCUAGAAGAUGGUAACGAGCAGGAGGUCCAGCUGUUCGAAGUUUUCUCUGAUCAAGUCGCUGCCAUAACUCAGAGUCGCACGGAUAUGCUACCUGAAGACAUGUUGGCGCUGCAACUGGCGUUGUUGAAGCUAGCCCAGCGUUGUCACCCAGACAAGCUGUCCUACGUCAACAGGGUCCUCGCACACACAGAUAGGAUCUGUGCUGAUAUAUACCAGAGCAGCGGCAAGCCAUAUCUCGAACACAACACUCCAGUCUUCAAAGAACUGAUGAAGAUCCUCAAGCUGCCUGCGGACCACUACAAGAAUAUUCUCACUCUUAUCAAGCUCCAGAACUAUGCUCCACUGAUCAGCCGUCUCAACCAGAUCGGUAGGAUGAUGAUCGCUGUUCAUCUUGUAAACGAUGUCCUAGAAAGCGAUACAACUGUCUCAACACCUGAAGAUGUGGAGGCAGUGCUGUCGAUGCUUGACGUUUUGGUGCGCGACCAGCCCGACCACAAACCGGAUACAGACCACGACGAUUUCACGGAGGAACAGGGUCUGCUCGCCAGACUCAUCCACCACUUCAAGUCGGACAGCGCGGACCAGCAGUACCUGAUCCUGAGCGCGGCCCGCAAGGCGCUGCAGGCCGGUGGAGCCAAGCGCAUCCAGCACUCGUUCCCUCCUAUCGUCUUCCACGCCUACCGCCUCGCCUUCACCUACAAGGAGCUCAAGGACCAGGAUGAGAUGUGGGAGAAGAAAUGUCAGAAGAUUUUCCAGUUUUGUCACCAAACCAUCAGUUUGUUGGUGAAGGCGGAGCUGGCCGAGUUGCCUUUAAGAUUGUAUCUCCAAGGUGCGCUCGCGAUUAGCGAAAUAGGAUUCGCGAAUCACGAAACAAUAGCGUACGAGUAUCUAUCGCAAGCGUUUUCGCUGUACGAGGACGAAAUAUCAGACAGCAAAGCUCAGUUGGCGGCCAUUACACUGAUCAUCGCUACGUUCGAACAGAUUAACUGUUUCGGCGCCGAGAACGCGGAGCCGAUGCGCACGGCGUGCGCGCUGGCCGCCAGCAAGCUGCUCAAGAAGCCCGACCAGAGCCGCGCCGUCGCGCUCUGCGCGCACCUCUUCUGGAAGGCGCGCAAGGACGGCCGCCCGUGGGCGCUGAACGAGGCGUCGCGCGCGCUGGACUGCCUGAAGAAGGCGGCGCGCGUGGCGCAGCAGUGCAUGGACGGCGGCGUGCAGGCGCAGCUGCUCGCCGAGCUGCUCGGCCGGUACGCGCUGCUGCGCGAGCGCGGGAACGACUGCCUCACCACCGCGCUCAUCGACGCCAUAAUACAAAAGAUACGAGAAGAACUCGGCAAUUUGGACCAAUCGGAGGAGGUUGAACAGAUAACGAAGCAUUUCCAUAAUACUUUGCAGCACAUCAAGAACAGGAUGGAGUGUCCCGACCCCGACGGGCUCGGAUACGAGGGCCUCGUGUUAUCCUAACUGAGACAUAUAAAGGCAUAAUAAUAUAUAAUUAAAGUCCGGUCGCUGUUAUAAUGCUUUUCUGACGUCUGUCAGUUGGUCAUCUAUGGUCUAUUGUCUAUGAUCUAUUGAUACACUACAAACUAAGGAGGAGGAAAUCUGUGUAUAAAAAAGUGUACGAAAUGCGUCAUAUCAGUAGGUGGCAACCGCGGUAAAUUUUAAAACAGCGCCAAAAGUCAUUAGAGUACAAAAGACACUUGACAUAUGACCUUGUAACGGUGCGGUUUGGAUUAAAAAAAAUUUUUGCUUUUUUUUUGGUUUAAAUUAAAAUAGUGUUCGACUAAACAUUAUUGCAAAUUUCCUAUUUGCAUCUCUUGUAUAUAAUAUAUUUUAUUUUAUGGUUAUCAAACAAAAAAUAAAUGACAAACAGAAAAAAGGCUGAUCCAUUUUGCCUUUGCCUAUAUACUCGUACAUGUAGAUUUAAAAAAAAAUACAAUAUAUUGUAAAAUGACAUAAUGAUAUAGGGCUUUACUUGUUAACGUUCAGCGGGUGAUUAGUUAAAGAAUAGUCUGUCUCCUUCUUUUGAAUGUCAAAUCAAUAAUGCCAGAAAGAGAUAAAUCAGUGUCUAACUAAAUACACGAGUAAGGCUGUUAGCUUUUUAAUGGUAUUAUUCGUUAGAAGGUCGAAUGAAUGAUAAUAAUAUUUUUAUCGUAAAUUUUUAAUUACAUCUGAUUACGGACCAAUCAGAAACGCAUCUCUCAGCGGCCGGAUAUUAAGUUAUAAACACACGAUUCUCAUUUGAAGUAUUCAUUUGGAAUUUUCUCGAAAACUGUAUUUUAAUUGAGCAUUUUAACAUUUUACAAAUCAGUAUUCAAAUUAAUUACAAUUAUGCAGAUAAUCGCAAAUUAACUCACAAGGCUCAUGUGCUAAGUGCGAGCUCUUCUGUGUUGGUACCGCUACCACCCAACGUCAUAUUAUACCGUUAUAUAAUUAGGUAGUCGUUUCUCUUAUAAAUAUUAAACGAAAACGUAAUUAAAAUUCGCUAGUCAAAGAUUUGCCUUGAGUAAUAGAAUAUAUAAUAAGAACAUAUUAUAUAUGUGAAAGUUUGUAUGUUUAGAUGUAUGAACAGCUAGAUGAAUUUGGAUGAACAUUGAAAUAGACUGACUUAACUCGUAGUCUAAGCUCCCCCCCCCUACGCAUAUAUCGAAAGCCGCGGAUAUAGUUUAUAUAUCCAAUAUAUUUUAUUUAUAGUGGACGAUACACAGAACCGGCACGAAGCUCUCUCAAAAGGGCUCUUUUUUAAUGAUAGUAAAUAAAAGCAAUUCGAAAGGCAAAAUAAUCUUAUUGAAUUAAACACAUUUAAAAGAUCUAUUAAACUAGAACGAAUCGAUAGUUCGUGUAAUGGAAAUAUAGUUCUCGUAAGUAUUUUAAGCGUGAAAUUAUUUUUCUAAGAGAUGACGGAGCAAUUGUUUAUGGUGUAGUAGCCUUAUAUUAUUUGUAAAAUGUUUAUAUAUAUACAUAAUUGUUUUCUUAAUGAGGAACAUUUUUUAUCUAUGAUAAUUUUGUAUAGCAGCAUUUUGACAUAAGUUAUGUAAUAUUUUAUUAUAUGUAAUUACACGAUAUAUUAAAGCGAUUUAUGAUACUGUU